CAGACUCAGGUCAUUAUUAAUGUACCAAAAGCAUCUUCUACAAAAGAUAUUCCGCAACCUAUCGACUCACGGAGUGAGGGCACUAACGUGCCUGAAGAAAUGAUUAUUCCUGAUGAAAUAGAACAUAGCCCAGCGAAAUCUGAAUCUUUAACGGAACUUGAAGAAUCAGAGAUUCAAUGCUCUGCAUCACCCUCUGCAACCUCUUUACCACAAGAUGAUAUAUCCAAACAAAUUACAGAAACCAUUCUCUCAAAAAACGAUCAAGAUGGAAAUUUAUGUAAUAUCAAAACCGUUCCCUUGGGGAACGAUCGAGAUGUAAAUUUAUCAUGUGAUACAAAGACUAUUAGUUCAGAAAUAUCUAAAUUAGAGCAAGAUGUCGAGUGUGAUAAAAAUGAAAUCGUAGAGCAGGGUUUGAUAGAAGAAUUAUAUUUAUCUACUGAUAAGCAAUGCCUCAUUGAUUCUGCUAUAGGUAAUACCAACUCUACAGAAAAUAAAGGUCCAGCUCAACAUCUAUCUUAUUUAUUUAAAACGGCAAUCAAAUCUCGACAACAGGAAAUCUUAAACUGUGAAGAGAUUGAUCGAGAUUCUGAUCCAUCAGAAGUCAAGAUACAGGUAAGUGCACCCGAUGACUCGCGGAGUGGGGAUGCUAUCGCAUCUAAAGAUUCCAACUAUGAAUACAAUUUUGAAGAUUCCUUCGAUAACAACGAAGAUGAUUCACGGAGCGAGGAUGCUAAUGCGUCUAAAGAUGAUGAUGGGUUCUGUGGAUUUUCUGACGAUGAUGAUGAAGGUUAUUAUUAUGAUUUAAAUACCGGUGAGACUUAUACAAAAUCUGAAUAUCGUUAUUCAAUCCGCGCAUACUAA